AUGGCCGUCCCAGCUGGCGUUGAUAUAGCGCACGCUCAGCUCGCUACUCGAGGCGGCGAUGACAACUGGUACACAUAUGAAGGAGAGAUCAUGUUUGAGAAUGUAAUAGUCGUCGAUGAGGCUACCAACAAGAUCUUACUUGGAUACAAGAAGGAGGGAUUUGGAGCUGGUAAUUAUAAUCCAUUCGCCGGGCCUAUUGCCGAGGGCGAAGAUGGAUCGGAUGCGGCUCGUCGGGACUUGUUGGCAGAAGAGAUUGUAUUCCACGGCACUAUUCGUGUAAAACUCCCGAAUAUGGAUCAAUCUCUCAAUUGUUCGAUGUACAAAGUAACCAAGUGGAAAGGCGACCUAAAAGACUGUGCCGUACUCAAGAUGUUUGACGAUGACAUCCACUGGAUCCCCUUAUUCCUCGGUCCAAAGAAGUUUGUCGGGCGCGCAGAUUUCGAUAAACCAGAGGAGGGGAAGCAUGUUGGGAAAUUACUACGCUGGCGCUUGCCAGCCACGCAUAUGGCUAUUUCGGGGACAGCAAGGAACGAAUGCCCGAAAGAGGCUGUUCGAAUUGAGAUCUGGGCGAGUGUCAAGGGUGGCAGUGCCGUAUAUGGAACCUGUGCCUCAGUGGCAGAGACCAGGCUAAAAGGCGUGCGACACAACCCUCUCGACCCAUUCUCUCCCUUUGCCAUGAAGUCCGUCGCUCCAAAACUUGCGUUGGGACUGUUGGCGGGCCCCACAUUCCAAUUGGCCAACGCCCUCCGCAUACCUGUCCAGAGACGAGAUGCGACCAAACACACCUCGCUAUUCGCCGCUCACAGCACACAUCUCAACUCUCCUCCCUCACUGGUCAGUGCCGGUGCCGACCCGACUGACGAUUCCGAUAUUACAAACUUCAACAAUAUGUUUUAUACGACCAACCUCACGAUAGCAGGAGUCGAGGUACCCGUGCAACUCGAUACUGGCUCAACCGAUCUCUGGGUCUAUCCUGUUGCUCAUCCAGGUCUUUUCGCCAAUGUUCACAACUUCACCAAUGUCCCAGUCGGUGUCCGUUAUGGGAAGGGUUCAGUUGACGGCCAUCUUGCUGUGACCAACGUAUCGUUCGCUGGAUUCGACGUAGACGACCAGGCGUUCAUCGCGGGAACUUAUGGUAUUAUGGGCUUGGGCUUCGACACCCUCUCAAACAUCGCCCGUGCUGUUCAAACCAAUUAUAACGCUACCUGGGGACGUAGUCUGCUCAGCAACCUCUUCUUACAAGAGCCCAACACACCCAACCAUAUUGCGUUUGCCCUAGAGCGUGCCAAUGAUCUGGACGAUAUGGCACAUGGUGCUUUCGAUAUUGGUGAAAUUCUUCCCCAAUAUGCCGCUGUUAAUCACUCCUCGCCAAUCUCUCUUUGGCCCGAAAACACCAAUCGCUGGACUGUCCUUCUCGAUGGCAUGUCCGUCAAUAGUUCCCCGGUGCAACUCAACAGUACUUUCGAAGGCGAUAACGAAUCAGACCCCCCUGAAGGAAAGAGUCUUGCACUCCUUGAUACUGGCGCAAGCCUAGGACUAUUGCCCAAGUGGGCUGUAGACGCCAUCUAUGGACAUAUCCCUGGCAGUGUUUAUUUGCACAAUGAUGGCCUUUGGAUAAUUCCUUACUAUCAACAUCUGCCGUUUGAUUUCCUACUUGGAGACUCCUUCCUACGUAACGUCUAUGCUGUCUAUGAUUUCGGUGACUUUGACGCAAGCGGAAAUAUGGGCAAACCUUACAUCAAGCUUCUCCCACUUACCGACCCCGUAGCCGCCAGUGCAAGCUUCAAGAAGAAUCGCGCAGCCACUCUCGCUCAACUUCCCUCAGAGGGCGACGCGAGUAAACUUCCUGGUGCUGGUUCUCCUGUUCCAAAGUCGUCGACCCCUGGAUCCGCAUCUACGCCCACGCCCACAGCUCCGACCACGACUACGACCACGACUACGACCUCAGCGAUCAAUUCUAAUGCUGCGACCAAUUCGAAAGCCAGCUCCGAUCCUAUCGCCAACGUCAAUGUCAACGAUGACACUGAUUCCAGGCCUUCUUCAAAAGCAAACCUGGUCUCUGCGGUGUCCGACGACGACUCUGAGAUUUCCAAUACACUGGACAAGCUCAUGAAGCUAGCCCCCAUUGCCCUCGGCUUGCUCGGCCUCAACGUUGUAUUACUCAUCGGGCUGAUUGUCAUGGGCGGAGUUCUGAUAUCCAAACAACGAAAACAGGGCAAGGCAUUGCCCACUGCUGUUGCCGGAUCCAGUACGAGAGGAACAUACGUACCUGUGACCAAGUUCCCCGAAGACGAUGAUGAGCGCUCGCACACUCCCGCUGGGAGGUACGAUAUGCCUCAGUAUCGCGACAAUGCCUGA